UUCUGCAAAGUGCUUAGAGAAGGCGCUAUAUAAAAAAGUUUAUUAUUAUAUUAUUAUCAUGACGACUUCCCUGAGCUGGGCCCCGCAGUAACAACUCAGCUGCUGGACUGAAGCAGAACCGUCGACGAGCAGGGGUGGUGUUUACUUUUACGGGCCGUGCCGUGGGCUGCCGGCGUGUUUACACUCCACACGCAGAGGAUGCCCACGAGCACCCUCGGCGGUGACGUCACCCCCCCAGGGCGGGCCGAACCACAGCGCGGAAAAACACGGCCAGGCAGCGUCUCCCAACCAGCCCGGCAUCGCCAGUGCGCGGCGCAAACAGCAGGGGAAAGGCGGCCGGGGAUCACCGCGAAGCCUCCUUUCGAGCCGCAUACCGCGUUUCCGUCAAGCGCGCCGAGCCCGCAGCCGCGGGGCAGCGGCGAGGGACUAUUUUCCCUCUCCCCCCCCACCUCCCCCCGCUUCCUGUGCGCCGGCGGAAGUAUACACGGCGCAGCCCCGGCCUGCUCACUCCAAUGGCGACCGGAGCGGGCUGAGCGCAGAGCGGGAGCGGCCGAGGAGGGGGUCAGAGCGCUGCCACCCGAAAUAAAUAAAUAUCUCUCUCUCUCUCCGUCUGCUACCGUAGGGGGGGAAAACAGACCACGACUCCUCCUUCGCCUCCCCCACUUAACCAUGGCCGGCACGACGGCCAAAAGUCAGAGUGUCUCGCUCCUCGAGUCGGAGCUGUACUACCUGAUCUCCCGCUUCCUGACGACCGGCCCCUGCCGGAGAGCGGCGCAGGUCCUGGCGAGCGAGCUGGAGGAGUACGAGCUCCUGCCCAGGCGCCUGGACUGGCGAGGAGACGAGCACCCUCGCUCCUACGAAGACUUGGUUCGGGCGAACAGCCAUGUGGCCCCGGACCACCUGCUGCAGAUCUGCCGCCAGCUGGGCCCGCUGCUGGACAGACAGGUCCCCUCCUGCGUCCCGGGCGUGGGGUCCCUGCUGGGGGCGGGCCGCCACUCCGCGCUGCGCCUGGACAAAGAUUUCAAGAAAGUCGUGUGGAAGGGCUCGGCUUUCGCAGCCCUGCGCAGAGGCAGGCCCCCGGAGAUGCCGCCGACCUACAGCGACCCCCCGAAUCUCGUGGAGAUUUAUCGUGCCAGAGAGCUCACGGGCACAGAGCGUUUUAGUUCUGCGUGUCCCGUGACCCACUAUCAGCGCAUGAAGAUGCACAGGAGGAUCCUGGGACACCUCUCUGCUGUGUACUGCGUGGCCUUCGACCGCACCGGACUCCGCAUUUUCACCGGCUCUGACGACUGUUUGGUGAAGAUCUGGUCCUCUUUCGACGGCAGGUUGCAGUCCACGCUGAGGGGCCACUCGGCGGAGAUCUCUGACUUGGCCGUGAACUUCGAGAACACGCUCAUGGCGGCGGGCAGCUGCGACAAGUCGAUCCGCGUGUGGUGCCUCCGGACCUGCGCCCCCGUGGCCGUGCUGCAGGGGCACACGGGCUCCAUCACCUCCCUGCAGUUCUCCCCUUGUGCCAAGGGCACAGUGAGGUACUUGGUGUCCACUGGCACUGAUGGGAUGGUGUGCUUUUGGCAGUGGGACGCAAGCAACACAAGUUUUGUAGAUCGUCCGCACAAGUUUACAAAAAGACUCCGACCCGGUGUUCAGAUGGUGUGUUCUUCAUUUAGUCCCGGUGGCAUGUUCUUGGCAACAGGAAGUACUGACCAUGUCAUCAGAAUAUACUACCUGGGUGGUGGCAGCCCUGAGAGGUGUUCAGAGCUCGAGGCACACACGGAUAAAGUUGACAGUAUCCAGUUUUGCAAUACCGGGGACAGGUUUGUGAGCGGCAGCAGGGACGGUACAGCUCGAAUAUGGAAGCUCCAGCAGCAGCGAUGGAGAAGCAUUUUACUUGACAUGGCUACUAACUUACCAGGGUCUGCUCCUGCGGCGGCGGAGGAAAGCUUCUUCAAGUCGAAGGUGACGAUGGUCGCCUGGGACCGACACGACCACUCCGUCAUCACAGCGGUCAACAACCACCUCCUCAAGGUGUGGAACUCCUACACGGGGCAGCUGCUUCACGUCCUGAAGGGCCACGAGGACGAGGUCUUCGUGUUGGAGCCUCACCCCUUCGACUCCCGGAUCCUGCUGUCGGCCGGCCACGAUGGCAAUGUCUUCAUAUGGGAUGUCGUCAGAGGAACGAAAACCCAGCAUUACUUCAACAUGAUUGAGGGGCAGGGUCACGGGGCGGUUUUUGACUGCAAGUUCUCUCCAGAUGGCCAGCACUUCGCCUGCACGGACUCCCACGGACAUCUGAUCAUAUUUGGGUUUGGAUCCUCUAAGCCCUAUGAGAAGCUUCCGGAUCAGAUGUUUUUCCACACGGAUUACCGGCCCCUCAUCCGAGACGCGAAUAAUUACGUGCUGGAUGAGCAGACGCAGCAGGCACCCCACCUCAUGCCGCCCCCUUUCCUGGUGGAUGUGGAUGGAAACCCACACCCCCCCAGAUACCAGAGGCUCGUCCCCGGCAGGGAGGGCUUCGCCGACGAGCACCUGGUGCCCCAGCUGGGAUACGUAGCGACAAGUGACGGGGAUGUGGUGGAGCAGGUGAUCAGCCAGCAGACCGGGGAUCAGGACGAUGCGGGCCAGGAGCCCAGCAUGCUGGACGGCUUCAUCCGGGAGCUGCAGGAGCAGCAGGACAGGCAGAACGGAGCAGAGCCUGGAGCACCCCCCAGCGUAGAAGGCACCCCCCGCAGAGUUUUCCGAAGCCAGAGCGCGGACGUGCAGUCGUCUCCCAGCGUGGGGCUGCGGCGCAGCGGGCAGGUGGAGGGCGUGCGGCAGAUGCACCAGAACGCGCCGAGGAGCCAGAUGGCCACGGAGAGGGACCUGCAGGCCUGGAAGCGCAGGGUCGUGGUGCCGGAGAUGUCGCCCAGCCUGUACCGGAGACAGGAGGAGUACAGAAUCGGCAAGGGGGAAGAGGAGAUUUCACUCUACCUGUCGAAGAAGAAGAGACCACCUCACGGGGCACGGGACGAUUCUGACGAUGACAAGACUUACGCUAAACGCACGCAGUCUCGCAGGCCGCGGGUGAGGAGCCUUCGGACCCGCAACACUGCGGCUGAGUACAUAGAAGACUCUUGUGAGGAGGGGGAGGAAACCAGAAGCUCUGCUGAUGAGGGCAACGAAACAGAAGUCAGCGGAGCACCUUCAGCGGAGUCUUCCAACGAGGAAGAGGAGGCAGAGGAGUGGAAAACCGAAAGCUCCAGCUCCUCCAGCGAGUACUCGGACUGGACAGCCGACGCGGGCAUAAACCUGCAGCCGCCCACCCGGCUCUCAUCCCGCCACCGUGCAAUGGUGUGGAUCAGCAGCUCCGAGGAGGAAGAGGAGGAGCCUCCUGACGAGGAGGAGCGCCCGCCUCAGCCUCCGAAACAGAGGAGGUCCAGGAACAGAACUCCCCGGAGACCAUCAUUUAACAGAGAGGUUUCAAACGAGUUCCGUCCCUCCGCUUGGAUCACCGAUGUCAUUCCCCGGAAAUCACCGUUUGUUCCUCAGAUGGGUGACGAGGUGAUCUACUUCCGCCAGGGCCAUGAGGCGUACGUGGAGGCCGUGAGAAGAGGCAGCCUGUACAGCCUUAACCUUGAGAAGCAGCCGUGGAGAAAGAUGGACCUGAGAGACCAAGAGUUCGUAAAAAUCACUGGAAUCAAGUAUGAAGUGUCGCCUCCAACACUGUGCUGCCUGAAGCUUUCUCUUAUUGAUCACGGCACAGGGAGACUCACGGAUAAAUCCUUCUCUCUAAAGUACCACGACAUGCCAGAUGUGAUUGACUUCCUUGUCCUGAGGCAGUGUUAUGAUGAAGCCUGGCAGAGAAACUGGCAGCCAAAUGACCGAUUCCGAUCUGUGAUCGACGACGCCUGGUGGUUUGGGACUCUGGUGUGUCAGGAGCCGUAUCAGCCGGAGUAUCCCGACAGUCACUUUCAGUGCUUCACCGUGCGGUGGGACAAUGGAGAGACGGAGAAGCUCAGCCCCUGGGAUGUGGAGCCUAUUCCACCGAACGCCCAGCACCCCGAGACGGUGGGAGGCAGCGUGCCCGUGACCUCGGACGAGAUGAGCGAGCUGCUGUACCAGCCGCGGCGCGGGGAGUGGGGCCGGCGGGGCCGGGACGAGGAGUGUGAGCGGAUCAUCAGCGGCAUCGAUCAGCUUGUGGCCCUCGACAUCGCGGCUCCCUUUGCUGGCCCGGUGGACCUUGUUCAGUAUCCCACCUACUGCAGGGUGGUGGCGUACCCUACCGACCUCAGCACCAUCAGAAUGAGGCUGGUGAAUCGGUUUUACAGAAGGAUCUCGGCUUUAGUCUGGGAGGUGAGGUACAUUGAGCUCAAUGCCAGGUCCUUCAAUGAGCCAAGCAGCAAGAUUGCACAGACGGCGAAGAAGAUCACAGACGUCCUCCUCAAGUUCAUUAAUAAAGAGGACUGUGUAGACAUUUUGGAGAUCUACAACACGAUGGACGAUCUGAGCUGCACUGAAGAUGAGGAGCUGGACGACACAGAUGCACCUGGAACUUCCUCGGGAAGGAACCUGAGACAACGCAAUAUGGAGUUUCUCUACGACGUCGAUGCCUGGAAGGACCAGUGCAAGCUGCUGGUGGACUACAUCCUGGAGUGCGAGGACUCCGAGCCCUUCCGGCAGCCUGUCGAUCCGGAUGACUAUCCGGACUAUCGGGACAUCAUUGACACGCCGAUGGAUUUUGGGACGGUGAAGCGGACUCUGGAAGAGGACAAGUAUGAGAAUCCAGUCGAGCUAUGCAAAGAUAUCCGCCUCAUCUUCCUUAAUGCAAAAGCCUAUACACCAAAUAAGCGUUCGAAGAUCUACAGCAUGACCUUGCGGCUCUCCGCCUUCUUUGAGGAGCGGAUAAGGAUGAUCAUCCCAGACUACAAGACGGCGCUGAAGCACAGCGAGACGCUGCGGCGCAGCCAGCGGUGCCGGCGGAGGCUGCAGCACCGAGAGCCGCUGCAGUCUGGCUGCCGUGCUUCCGGUCGGAAAGGGAAGGUAUUAAAAGCUCAGGAAGAGGUGGAAACAUCAUCCAAGACUUGUACGACAUCUACCUCAGCCAAAGCGUCUGCCACAGCGCGGUUCCGGAGGAGGAGGAGGAGGAGAGGUGUCUCGUCUGGAGAAGAUUCUUCAGCGUCCGACAAAGCCCUCUCUGCAGCCUCAGGGCACAACACCGAGGAGUCCACGACCACCUCGGAGAGCGAGAGCGAGGCGUCUUCCAGCAGCAGUUCCAGGGCCUCGGUCUCCUCCUCGCGUCGCCAUGGUAGCAGGGAGGUGGGCGGAGCCAGGGUGACCAGGAACAGGCCUGCGCAGCACUGGAAGAGGCCAGGUUCAGUGUCGGAGAGCGAGGCGUCUUCCAGCAGCCCCCAGGACAGCGACGAUGGCAGUGCCGCGCGCCCGCGGAGCGGAGAGAGGAGAGCAGCCGGGGCGUCCGGCAGCAGGGUGACCAGGAACAGGGCUGCGGCCGGACGGGAAAGGCCAGAGACCGGCGUGCAGGUGAACGGCCACGGCAGCAGAAUUUCCCGGGACGAGUGGGCGAGUGACUCGGAUGGGGAGGGGCCUUCUGACUCGCAUACUGACAGCGAGGAGGAGGAGGAGGAGGAGGAGGAGAUUGGGCGGAGGCCGUCGACCAGGAGGGCGGCUGUGGCUGCCGCCAACAAGACGAAGGUGAUGAGCACCACCGAGGAUGACGAGGAGUCGACCUGCUCUGAAAAGGAGGAUGAUGGGAAGGCGGGUGGCUGCCGGCCUCGGCACAGGGUGAACAAGCGCAAGCUGAGCAUCCAGAGCAGCUCUGAGGACGAGGAGACGUCGCCCCAGGGUGACCUUCGCUCAGGGUCGAGAGAAGGUGAGCAGUCUUCCAGCAGCUCGAAGGAGAGCCGAGAUGAACCUCUGGCCUCGUCUCGUCCCCAUCAGAAUGGGGAGACCGGAGGGACCUGCAGGGGCAGGGCAACCAGGAGCAGCCAAGAGAGAAGUGCUCAGGUGAACGGUCACAGUCGGACCUCUCGCACGAGCAGAGCGAGGAGGCGGGGGGCUCGUCGACCCAUGGGAGCCAUCGCCGAAGAGGAGGGAAUCAGGCGGAGGCCGUCGGCCAGGAAGACGGCGGUUGCUGCUGCCAGCAAAAUGAAGAUGAUGACUGAGGAUGACGAGGAGCUGCCGCCCCUGGGAGAAGGGGGUGGUGGGCGGUACCCUCGGAGAACCACCACCACCAAGAAGGUGUUGAACACGGAGAGCAGCUCCGAAGAGGAGUCUGUCCUGGACGUGGAGGUGGGAAAUAGCGGCCAAAAGUGUCCUCUCCAAAAUGGGAAGAAAUUAACGCAGAAGAAGGGGAUGAGAGGACACACCUCGGAGAGUGAAGAGCACGUUGGAAACGAUAAUAAGGGGAGAGUGUCUUUGCAACAUAAAAAGGGUAAAUUGCCCUUAAAAAGCCAGAGGCUUGAGUCUGGCACUGAGGAGGAAGAACCACAGCCCUCCCAUUGCAGACGCCCUGCGGCUUCAGCUUCAAGAUGGAAGGUGUUGGCUUCUGCCGAGGAAACCGAAGAAUCGAGCGAAGACAACAAGCACAGACGGUCGAACGGCAAGAGCGAGGGAGCAGAAUCUGCCUCGAGCGAGGAGGAGGCCAGGCAGCCUUCUCGGAGUGCAGCCCAGAGAAAGACGCCAACUGUGAAACCUGGGGAUAGGUGGGUGUCUGAAAGCGUGGACUGCAACAACAGGGCUUCCUCAGAGGAGGGUCUGGCGCAUCGCACCAAACGCAGGUACAACAUGCGGCAGGCUCGCAGGUUUGCCGCUGACGGGGACGAAGCCAGUCACAGCAGGGAACAGUUUUCCCGUGCUUGUAAAAGGAAAUCCUUCGCAGUCCUGAGGGAAGACUCUCUGUCUGAGAGCGAAGACCCUGGGGACCUGCCCACUGCGGCCGCCUCUGAAAGGAGCACUAGGCUCCAGCAGGAGAGAGACUCGUCGGAGGAGCGUUCAGAGCCUGCAGAGGACGCCCAGCGCAAGACCAGCAGAGAACAGGAUCAUUGUUCUUCCAGGAGACACGGUGGUAAGCUGGACUGUAGGGGUAGCUGUACUGAAAGCACUGUCUACCAGAAAUGGUCUUCCGGUUACUUAGCGGGCACAGGCGUGGAGGUGGAGGCAAGCAGUCGGCGUGAUGCAGGAAAAUCGCAUUGCACAGACAGCGACUCCCAGGAAGAGCAGCCUGGCCGUCAGGAGAGAGUGUUUUCCGGCAGAAAACCUUGUCUGCGAGCCUUGCCCCGGAAAAGAGAUGCCACGGAGGACUCGGAGGAAGAGGAAUGGCGGUCCGAAACAGAAGGUGGCUUGGAAUCCAGGAAAAAAGGCCAACUCUGGAGGACCGGUGCUCGGGACGAGGGGAGGCGGCGGGAGCCGAGCGGUCGGGCCAACCUCAGGAAGAGGCGCCUCUCCGAUUCCGAGGAUAACCUCCCCAUCAAAAAGAAAUGCCUGCGGAAUUUGGAGCGCCAUUCUAGAGGAAACGGAGAGGAACAGACAUUUAGAAAAAAAUACUGUGAAGAAGAAUCGGCAAGCGAUUUUGAAGCCGAGGAGGGAGACGACGACGGGGACCGCGAUGAGAGCGACGGGCUCUCGGAGGACGAGGAGCCGAGAUCCAGAGGCAGGACGAUCCGGUCGGCUCCGCACGUCGCAGCCGCAAGGAACAGAAGCAGCUCGAGCCACCAGAGGAGAUGGGAAAGCAGCAGCAGCGGCGGCGGCGGCUGGAGCACUGGGUCUGGCAGCGAGGAGGAAAGCGGCUCUUCCGCGUCGCUCCUUUCGGGGCCACAUACCCGAGUCCGCGGCGGCGGCAGGGGGCGCCGCUUUGGGGACACGGACUGCAGCAGCCAGGGAGCCGCCCGGCGCUCCGGAAGGAAGCGGAGGAAGGCGUCGGCCGUCGACAGCGAUGGCGGCGAAGUCUUUUCCGCCCCCAGGAAGCCGCGGCAAGCCUCCCGCAUCCGGACGAGAAAUCGCGGCAGGCGGACCGUGUCGUAUCGCGACAGCGAGUGAAGGGAGCGAGGCGGAGCGGCGCCGGGCUCGUCCUCGGCCAUAACUUAUGGGACACUUUCAAGACGCGUGAUUGUCAAGGAAAUGUAGUAGCACUGGAAACCUUUAGAAAAAAUGCUGUGAAUCAGUUUCAUUCAGGGAUAUUUAUAUUUUCUAUGAAAAGGUUUAUAGAGCUUAGGAACUGUUACUAAGGCAUUUACUUGCUGUUUUCACAAUGGUUAGCACAGAUACCGUAUUGUGCCUCUUUCUUGGGGCAAAUAUUAAUAUGUCCACAGGUUUAAUUGAGCAAAAAAAUCUGUUCACGUUCAGCUUUUGUGAUUUUGGCCAGCUAGUCAAAGGUUUGUGGGGAAGCAUUAGCCGCUUGGGUGCUAUCUAAAUAUACCUCUUAAUAAUUAACCUGAUAUUGCUGGCUGGCUUACACUAAAAUACAGAGGCGUUUCAUUUACUAGUCUUGCAUUAGAAACUCAGGGGUCAGAAAAGUUUACUGAACUCUCAUGCAUUCUUUAUGAAAAUCAAAGCAACCCUUUCUUAAAUAAAUUCAAACAUAUGCACUGGCCUUGAACAAAUCUGCCCCACCCUCCUGACACUACUCCAGAGAGCCACGAACUUUGUACACUGCAAAUUUGACAGCUGUAGAAAGAUGCUUAAAUUUUAUCUACGUGCCACAUUGCACAACCAUUGAGCCCUUUUUUGUCAUAUCAAAAGCUUAUCUGUGGAAGUUAGGGAAAACCUUAAUGUCUGUCCUAACACUUUGGGGAAUGAGAACUUUGUGGGGAGUGUAAUCAAGGUGUUUGCAGAACCAUAAUUCUACCGUACAGAAAUGAAAUCUCUUCAGGUUCUGGAGUUAAAGUGCCAAAGAACCAUCAAAAGGCAGUCUCUCAAACCAGUGGGUUGUGCGGAGUGGCUUCAGCGCUGUGUCCGACAUUCAUAUUUAUUGUUCAGCCUUGUUCUAUUUCCAAAAUUAGUUGGUAACUUGCCAAGUGCAGAAUACCCAAAAAAAUCCUCCCCAUUCUAUCUUAGUUUCUGUAGCAUAACAGUUUCUCAUAUUGGGAAGACUUGCUUGGGUAUAGGUCAUCCUUGUAUUGUUUCAGUAUUAAAAUCACCUUUGAGACCUAACCCGGAGCGUAGAACUGUACUUAACUCAGACUUCUUUGAAUUUAGAAUUCAGAACGUGUUCUUGAGAUGUGGGUAAAAUAGCAUUUUUUGUUUUGAAUAAAGAAGAAGUUUGAAUUUUUAUGGUUUAUUUUGCUUUACAAUUUAAAGUUAGGAAAGGCUCCAGAAUGUCUUUACAUCUCAUGUUUAAUUUUCCAUUGUUAAUGACAUUUUCAUUGUUCGCUUGUGUUGGCGUUGACCCACAGUUGAGGGGAGCUGCUUUUGGCUUAUAAAAUCACAGUUGCCAAACUACAGGUAUUUGUGAUGUCUGAACGUUAAACCCAAAACUGGGACUGCAAACUGACCUUGAAUGACCUCAUUCAGAGGACCAGGUCUGCUUUGCGUGUAGUUAAAAGCUGUUGAAGCUAAUCAGAAAUUGAAUUGCUGUAUAGAAUUAGUUUGGUUUAAAAUGAUUUUUUUUGUUCCAUUUGUUGUUAGUGGUUCGGAGUAUCAUGCUGUUUGCUCCAAUAAAGCAGAUGGGAGAGUAAACAAUUG